AUGCAAGAGUUGUUUCGGUUUCCGAGAAUCCCUUCUUACGCUCGGUCGUGUCCAAAGAAGAUCAAGAACAUGUAUGGAGAUCAAGGCGUGAAAUUGGUGCAACACGCCAAGAGGACGCAAAACCUGGCGCAUUUGCCACCGUAUCAAGCUGAGCUUGUUCGCGCAGUGACAAGAGAGGUUCGCGACCUUGACAAGGAUGCCAAAGACCUCCUCCAACCCUUCCAAGGCUCCUUUGAUCCGGCGGCAGAUCAAGCCAUCGCAUGCACUCUGCUCGUCAAUCACAUGUCCAUGCGACGCAACAAGCGCUGUCUUUUGGCAUACCACAGAACUCGCACAGAAAAGUUGGAGGAGCUGGUCUGGAAUGGCUCGGACGUCAUCGAUCUGUCAGGUCAGCAAGUACGCGACUCGACAAGCGCGACGAAUGGCAUACCACAAGCUGCAGAUGCCUCGACAAGCAGCCUCAGUCCCCAGGAGGAGGAUUAUGUGAGGCAAUACAGCGAUCUUCUGGCAGCGUAUAAAGGCCAGUGGACAGAAAUCGACCUGACCGGCAGCCUAGAGCCUCCACGGGAUCUCUUCAUCGACGUGCGGGUUCUCAAAGAUGCUGGAGAGAUUCAGACCGAAUACGGGUCGAUUACCUUGACGAAAAACAGUCAAUUUUACGUUCGCCAAGGCGACGUUGAGCGAUUAAUCGCUCAAGGAUAUCUGCAGAGACUCAGUUGA